AUGAUAUUCGUCGAAGUUCGCGGUUUUAUGUCCAACCUAAGUUACAGUGAGUCAAAAAUUUUGGAAGCUAUUGCUACGACCGCUGCUGCUGCUGCUGCCUCAUGCAAUGCUGAAGGCAAUGCUCUUUUCCCCGCCUUAGAUACUCUUCUCACAAAGUUGGAAGAUCAAUACUCUUCAAUGCCAGCACAAUCAGACAUCCUCGCCUCUGGGGAUCAUUCUACUGCUUCUUCUGAUCAGUCCUUUGCCAAAAAUUGUUCGGGUAAAAGUUUUAUCUCAAAUGGAACUUGA